UAAUUCCCCCGCCUUUGUGGGGGCUAUAAAACCAGAGCGUCUUCUUCGUAGCCAAAACACAGUCGACCCACAGUUCACCCAACGAAGAUGUUCAAAAUUCUGUUUGUUUUGUGUGCAGUUUACGCCGCCCUGAGCCAGGCUCGUCCCAGCUACCUGCACGGCUACGACGCCCUGGAGUACGCCCCCAGUGUGGUGGGGUAUGAGAGCCUGGCCCUGCCGGCGGCCGUCUCCCACCAGAGCUCGACGGUGGUGCACGAGAAGCGUCCCUACUGGCGGCCCAUUGUCGAUCACCACUCGCCGCUGCUGCGGGCCUCCUACGCCCCAGUGUCCUCCAUCUCCUAUGCCCCGCUGGGAUAUGCCGCAGGCAGUGCCGGCUGGUACGAGCCGGGCGCCGGAGUCGGGGCCUGGGGCGGAUCCCUCGGUGGCGCCUACGAGAGCAUCUACCUGAAGUAGAAGAUCCACCCCAUGGAUAAUCGUUGAAUCGCAGCAUCUCAGAUUGGAUUUUUUUUUUCUUUUUUUUUCAGUGUAUAAUAAUAAAGUUUGAGAAUCUAUAAAAA